AUGCAGGCGCGGCUGGUGCUCCGGGGGGCCGGAGGGGCCGGAGGGGUCGGGGUCGGCGGGGCCGGGCCCACCUCGGGGCCGGGACGGAGGGUGCGGAUGCUCCUAAGGCAGGUGGCGCGGGGACGGGCCGCCGGGGGCUCCCCCGCCCACACCAGCCGGACAGGAGAUACGGUUAAUAUCGGAGAUGUGUCAUUUAAGCUGAAGGCUCCCAAGAACCCUGAACUUGUACCGAAAAAUUACAUGUCCGACUCCCUGGCUCAGUCGGUGGUCCAGCACCUGAGAUGGAUAAUGCAGAAAGACCUCCUGGGGCAAGAUGUGUUCCUAAUAGGACCCCCCGGCCCUCUUCGCCGCUCCAUUGCCAUGCAAUAUCUGGAGCUGACCAAGCGGGAGGUGGAAUAUGUCGCUUUAUCCAGGGACACAACCGAAACGGAUCUGAAGCAGCGUCGGGAGAUCCGAGCUGGAACUGCUUUUUACAUCGACCAGUGUGCAGUUCGUGCUGCCACAGAAGGUCGGAUCCUUGUCCUGGAAGGAUUGGAGAAGGCAGAACGGAACGUCUUACCCGUGUUGAACAACUUGCUGGAGAACAGGGAGAUGCAACUCGAAGACGGGCGGUUCCUAAUGUCUGCCGAACGCUAUGACAAACUCUUACAGGACCACACUAAAACGGAACUGGACGCUUGGAAGAUUGUUCGAGUUAGUGAGAAUUUCCGAGUAAUUGCUCUGGGUUUGCCAGUGCCCAGGUACACUGGAAACCCAUUAGACCCUCCUCUUCGUUCUCGGUUUCAAGCGAGAGAUGUCUUUUACCUGCCAUUCAAGGACCAGCUUAAAUUAUUAUACUCAGUUGGAUCAAACGUCUCCGCGGAAAGGGUAUCUCAGCUGUUGUCUGUUGCUACCACCCUCUGUUCCCAAGAAUCUUCUAUUCUCGGACUUCCCGAUUUUCCAAUAGAUAGUUUAUCGGGUGCAGUUAAAAUCAUGGAUUCCUUCCCUGCGAUGUCAAUCCACCAUAUAAUCCAGUGGCUCUAUCCUUACAAGAUUUUAUUGAGUCACGAAGGCAAGACAGCGGUGGAAGAUUUAUUAAAGCGAUUUGAAGUCGCGGAUUUGAAAAGCUCCAGUCUCCCCGGCAAGAUUGUGAAGGUGAUUAAAGAUGAAAACUCCAGGUCCCAGGCUGCAGUGACUCUUCAGGUGGCUGAAAGAGAAGUCACUAUCAAGGUACCUUCUGGGACUCAGCCUGUAAGUCGCCAAUCCAAACCAGAGCGUUUCAUAAAAACUUCCAGCCACGAGCAACUCUUGGCCGAAAUGAUGCAGUCUCAUAUGAUUAAGGACAUGUGUUUGAUUGGAGGAAAAGGUUGUGGGAAAACAGUCCUGGCCAAGGAGUUUGCUGAUCUAUUAGGAUACAAAAUUGAACCUAUUAUGCUGUAUCAGGAUAUGACAGCUCGUGAUUUGCUGCAGCACAGAUACACUCUUCCUAACGGAGAUACGGCUUGGCGAUCAUCGCCGCUCGUUACAGCUGCCCUGGAAGGAAAGCUCGCCGUGCUGGACGGCAUUCAUCGAGUCAAUGCUGGCACCCUCGCUGUACUGCAAAGGUUAAUCCAAGACAGAGAGCUGACCCUCUACGAUGGCACUAGGCUGCUGAGGGAAGACCGAUACCAGUGUUUAAAAGAAGAACUUCAGCUGUCCGAUGAGCAGCUCCAGAAGAGGUUCAUCUUGCCCAUCCACUCCUCCUUCAGAAUCGUUGCGUUGGCAGAACCACCCGUCGCAGGGAGUGGCACGCAGCAGUGGCUCGGCCCGGAAUUCCUUACCAUGUUCUUAUUCCAUCACGUCAAGCCCCUUGUGAGAAGCGAAGAGAUACAAGUGAUUAAGGGAAUGGUUCCGAACGCACCUCAGGAUGUGAUAGAGAAAUUAAUGACUUUAACACACAAACUUCGGGCGACUCAAGACCCAACGGCCCAGUCUUUGGCAGCAUCGCUAUCUACACGGCAACUCCUAAGGAUUUCCCGCCGGAUGUCCCAGUAUCCCGACGAAGGGCUUCACAGAGCUGUAAAUAAAGCCUGCUUUUCCAGGUUUUUACCAAGCCUUGCAAGAUCAGCAUUAGAAAAAAAUCUGGCAGAUGCUGGGAUUGCAGAUACCAGCGGAAACGAUAAAGAUUCCGAAGGGAGAGAUUAUCACAGUGAGAUCAAGUCUGGUUGGCUGAAGAUUGGGGCUACUACUGUACCAGUCCAUAACCCCAGUGAAAAAAUGAAAGUGCCUGAUGUUCUGUUUUAUGAAAACGCCCAACACAUGAUUGUGAUGGAGGAUAUGCUGCAAGAUUUUCUCCUGGGAGAACACCUGCUGCUGGUUGGCAACCAGGGUGUGGGAAAAAACAAGAUUGUUGACAGAUUCCUCCAUCUGCUUAACAGACCCAGAGAAUACAUUCAGCUGCACAGAGAUACCACUGUACAAACCCUUACGCUACAGCCCUCCGUGAAAGAUGGCCAUAUCGUGUACGAAGACUCGCCUCUGGUUAAAGCAGUGAAGAUGGGGUACAUCCUGGUCGUGGAUGAGGCCGAUAAAGCUCCAACCAACGUCACCUGUAUCUUAAAAACGUUAGUAGAAAACGGGGAAAUGAUUCUGGCCGAUGGAAGACGCCUCGUCGCUAAUGCCGCUAACGUAGAUGGAAGAGAAAACGUUGUACUAAUUCAUCCUGAUUUUCGGAUGAUAGUUCUGGCCAACAGACCCGGAUUUCCUUUCCUGGGCAAUGAUUUCUUCGGCACUUUAGGUGAUAUCUUUAGCUGCCACGCAGUCGAUAAUCCCAAACCCCAGUCUGAACUGGCCAUGCUCCGACAGUACGGCCCAGAUGUCCCCGAGCAGGUUCUGAAGAAGUUGGUAGAGGCCUUUGGUGAACUGAGGAGCCUGGCGGACCAGGGGACUAUUAACUAUCCCUAUUCCACCCGAGAAGUCGUCAACAUAGUCAAACAUUUACAGAAGUUCCCAUCCGAAGGGCUUGCCAAUGUGGUUCGGAACGUGUUUGACUUCGAUUCCUACAACAGUGAGAUGCGUGAGAUUUUGAUUAGCACCUUACACAAAUACGGAAUACCAGUUGGCGCACGACCUUCCACCGUUCAGCUGGCUAAGGAGUUACCAUUGCCAGAUCAGACAUUUAUGGGCUACUGGACAAUCGAUCAUUCGGAAAACGGAAAGCAAAACCUUCUGUCUCCAGCAGAAACUCGUCGCGUAGACAUAAAGGGUCCAGUAUAUCUGGUCUUCCAGAACUAUCCAGUCGAGAGGCAUGAAGGACGAGCCCUCAGUUUUACCGAAGAAUGUGCUUCCUGGAGGCUGCCUUUGGAUGAGAUUAAUUUAGUCUGCGACGUCGCCGUAGCACAAGAAGGGGAGACCAGCACUCUGUUUGUGGCCACCUGCAAUCCGGUGUGUUUGUAUUUUAUGAACACGAGCGGAGGCAGCGGUCACCUGGUGGACUUCUACGAUCUGUUUCCGAGGACAGCCCGAGGAAUAUGGCACCCGUUUGUCACCGUAGCCCCCCUGGGGGGGCCCCUCAAAGGACAGGUGAUCCUGCACGAACAGGAGAGUAAUACCAUUUUACUGUUGGAUACGACCAGCCGAGCCCUUCGCCGUCUCAGCCUCCUUUCAGAAGAUGAACGCGCCCCCAAGAGAGCUUUCUGGUGGGGUAACAAGGAGGAAUCGGAAACGUACAAGAUGUGUAAAGAGUUUUCACACCAAAACUGGCUGGUAUUCUACCAAGAGACAGGAAGUAGCCUCAUCGUGCUGGAUGUUCUGGAGGGACAAACUCAUACCAUCUCACUUCCCAUCAAACUCAAGUCAGUGUUCCUGGUGGCUGAAGACCGGUGGCUUCUGCUGGAAAGCAAAACCAAUCAGAAAUUUCUUUUAACUAAGCCAACCCACUCGCAAUCCAGAGAGAGUGCGGCAUGCCAACUGUAUGUGUUGAAGCAGGAGCCUGCGAGCACAGGAUUUGGAAUGACAGCAGAGUCAGAACUCAAGAUGCCACAUAAAGUUUCCAGUGGACCGCUAACUUCAGAAAACCUAAGUUCAGCUUUGGGACAAAAGAUCACUUCUCCCAAUCGGAUUCUCUGCGACGAGGAUAGCUACGCUACUAUAAUUGUUGGUUUUCCUGAUCUAAUGUCUCCCAGCGAGGUUUAUACCUGGAAGAGAGGGCGGCGUCUAGACAGCCAGCCUCCAUCUGAUUCAACUUUCUAUGGAGGACAAAGUAAAAGCGGAGCUCCAAAGCAGCGCAAUUGUGUUCUUCUAGUAAAUACCAACCAGGUGGUGAGAAUUUUGCCCCCCGGAGACGUCCCUAUCAAAGAAAUCUACAAAAAAGAUGUCACUCCUCCGAUGACAGCCGGGUAUUUGGAAGUCACAGAUCUUCACGCCAAGAAACUCCGAUACAUCCCUAUCCCCAGGGCCGAGUCACUGUCUCCGUACACAUCCUGGCUGUCCACGAUUUCAGACGCGGACGCGCUGGUGACCGAAUGGGGCAGGGACGGUGUCGUUACCGUGGAUAUGGGGGGAAGAGUCAGGCUUUGGGAAACCGGGCUCGAAAGCCUUCACCGCUCUCUCCAGGAAUGGAGAAACAUGAUUGGAGACGAGGAUGAGAAACAUAUGCAGAUAACCAUCAACCGAGACAGUGGCGAAGAUGUGAGCUCACCGAAACACGGGAAGGAAGACCCAGACAACGUGCCCCACGUGGGUGGCAAUACCUGGGCUGGUGGGACAGGUGGCAGAGAUACCGCAGGCCUGGGGGGCAAAGGAGGCCCUUAUCGGCUGGAUGCCGGCCAUGAUGUGCACCAGGUGUCCCAGGCCGAGAAAGAUGCCGUCCCCGAGGAGGUGAAGAAAGCUGCCCGGGAGAUGGGCCAGAAGGCGUUUAAGCAGAGAUUAAAGGAAAUCCAGAUGAGCGAAUACGAUGCGCAAACCUACGAGAGAUUUUCCGGCGCCGUCCGGCGGCAGGUACACUCCCUGCGGGUCAUCCUGGAUAAUUUGCAGGCCAAGGGUAAAGAAAGACAGUGGCUGAAACACCAAGCGACUGGGGAAUUAGACGAUGCCAAGAUAAUCGAUGGUUUGACGGGAGAAAGGGCAAUCUACAAACGGCGGGGAGAACAGGAGCCAGAACUCGGCAGUCCCCAGCAGAAACCCAAGCGUUUGCGCCUGGUAGUGGACGUUUCCGGAAGCAUGUACCGCUUCAACGGCGUGGAUGGACGACUGGAGCGUUCCAUGGAGGCCGUCUGCAUGGUCAUGGAGGCCUUCGAGAACUAUGAGCAGAAAUUCAAGUAUGACAUUGUUGGGCACUCCGGAGAUGGCUACAACAUCGACUUGGUUCCAGAGAAUAAGAUUCCCAAGGACAAUAAGCAAAGACUAGAGAUUCUGAAGGUGAUGCACGCCCACGCCCAGUUCUGCAUGAGCGGUGACCAUACCCUGGAAGGGGCCGAGCACGCCAUCAAAGAGAUCGCCAAGGAAGAGGCCGACGAGUACUUCGUCAUCGUCCUGAGCGAUGCCAACCUGGAGCGCUACGGCAUUCGUCCCGCAAGGUUUGCCCAAGUCCUGACGGUCAAUCCCCAAGUGAACGCGUUCGCCGUAUUCAUCGGAUCCUUGGGAGAUCAGGCGGCAAGGCUUCAGAGAACUCUCCCGGCAGGGCGCUCUUUUGUUGCCAUGGACACCAAGGACAUUCCCCAGAUUUUGCAACAGAUCUUCACAUCUACCAUGUUGUCAAGUGUCUAAGAAGUGCCCUUUUUGUACCAGUUAGCCUAAUGAGUGCAGAAUGAAGUUAAAAUCAAAAGAAAGACUGCCCUGAAAGGAACUCCGACUCCUAAGACAAGAGGAAUUCCGGAAUGACAAUCGAACACUUUAAUGCUUAUGUUCUCCAAUCCCUU